AUGGGUAGCCCUGUGUCCCCAGUGUUGGCCAACCUGUUUAUGGAAUGGCUGGAACAGGAAGCCAUAGCGACAGCGCCCAUUUCCUGUAGACCUAAGCUCUGGAAGAGAUAUGUGGACGACGUGAUGGAGAUAGUGAAGAAGGGUGUCCAUCAAGAUCUCACAGACCAUCUUAACAACAUAGAUCCUACAGGAAGUAUUCAGUUCACGCAUGAGGAGGAGAAAGACAACACAUUACCGUUCCUGGAUACUCUCCUGGUACGAAAGGGGGAUGGUACAGUAAAACUUCUAGUGUACAGAAAAAGUACACAUACAGACCAGUAUCUCAACUUCAAGUCCCACCAUCCACUGCACCAGAAACUGGGAGUCAUCCGCACCCUUAUGGACAGAUGUAACUCGGUGGUGACAGAGGAGGAGGACAAGGAAAGAGAAACACAGCACAUCAGAAGAGCCUCAUCCGAUGUGGGUACCCAGAAUGGACCUUUCGGAAGGUGGAACGGAAAGAGAAGAGGCCAAAGCAGACAGAGAAGAACAAGAAAGAGGGGGAGAAAACUAGGGCCAUGGUGA